AUGCCUUAUCGCAUCGAGGCUUCCCCAAACAAUCGGGCGGGUUGCCAAAAUAAGGAAUGCAAAGACCAGAAGAUCAAAAUCACCAAAGGCGAGAUUCGUGUCGGCACAUGGGUCGAAAAUGAGCGAUUCCAAAGCUGGCAAUGGCGCCACUGGGGGUGUACCACCCCACUGAUCCUGUCCCACAUUAUGGAGAAUGUGUUUGACAAAGAGAGUCUGGAGGGCGAUGAGAACUUUGACCUCAUUGAUGGCUGGGAAGAUCUUCCUGAGGUUCAUCAGGAAACUGUCCGCAAGGCUCUGACUGAAGGCCAUGUUCCAGAUGAGGACUGGAAGGGUGACAUUGAAUGCAACCGACCGGGUAUGCGAGGGUUCCGCCUUUCCAAGAAGAAGGCUGCUGCUAAGAAAGAGGCUGAAGAAGAGGAAGAGGCAAAGGCCGAGGGAGCUGAUGAGAACAAGCCAAAGGGGAAAAAGGUGCAGCCUGUCAAGGCGACCAAGAAGGCUUCCCGUGCGGAUCCUAAAAAGGCCUCGAAUGAAGAUCACGAGGCCAAAGAAUCUCAGGAGGAUGCCGAGAAGCCUGUGCAAGCCAAGCGAGCUACUCGUGCAAAGAAGUCAGCGACUGAUCAGCCAGCGGAUGGGGAUGCUUCAGACUCCCCGGCCAAGGCAGCUGAGAAGCCCAAGCGAGCCUCUCGUACCAAGGCUCCCGUCAAGGCAGCAGCUGAGGAAGACAUGGCGGACGCUGACGAAGAAAAGCCUGCCAGGGGUCGUGGUCGUCCCCAAAAGUCCGCCACAGCCGUCAAGGAGGCGCCCAAGCCUGCCGUUGCCAAGGGCAGGAAACGCAAGGCCACGGACGACCCCGAACCAGUUGAGAAGGUCGAUAAGCCUAAGCGUGGCCGCAAGAGGGUUGCAGACACUCAAGAAAAGCUCGAUGAGGACGAACCGGCGUCUGACGCAGGAUCUGCUGAACAGGCUGAAAUUGACCAGUCCCCCACGGAGCAAGCACUAUCCGAAGAGAGUGCUGCUAAAGAUCCAGUCCCAGAGAAGCCAAAGCGCGGCGGUCGAAGGAGUGCCAGGGCAUGA